AUGAUUACUUUAAAAAGAGACUUAAAAAGAAAAAAAAAAUAUACAUCCAAGUUAAGAAAAAAUUUUUUAGAAUUAUAUGCUGACGAUAAUGAAAGAAGAAAUAAACAAAUAAAUUUUUCUUACUAUAUUAAUAUAGAAUCAACAAUUUUAGAAUUACUGUUAGAUAAUAAUUUAGAAUCUUUUAAAAAUGCAGGAAAACUUUUGUUCAUUAUACUGUCUGGUGUAUCACCUAAUAUGCUUUAUUUUAAAAGAGUAUUAAAUUUAGUUUAUUUAUUUUUUUACAAAGGUGGAACAAAAUUUUAUCAUAGCGAUAUGCAUUUUCAAAUUGUAGUAUUUCUUCACAGUUAUAUUAAAUUAUAUAAUAUUAUUUGCUCAAUAUAUAUUUUUAAUCUAUUAUUAGCUAAUAAUAAUAUAAAGAAUUUAGAAAAAUACAAAGAUAAAUAUAUUCCUAAACAUAUAAUAGCCACCUAUGUUGAUCACUCAUAUUUUCACAUAAAAGAAUUUUUAUUAACAGUUAGAAAAUUUCUUAUUGAAACUAAUAAAGAAAAUUAUCAAAAAAAAAAAACAUAUUUAAAGAAAUUAAAUGAAAAAAUUGUAUUAUAUAAAGAAAGUGAUGAAGAAAUUUUACAAAAUUUUUACAAAUUAUAUAAUUUUGAAUUCCCUAAAUCCUUAGAAAAAAAUUUAAAAUAUUUAAUAUCACAAUGUACACGUGUUAACUAUCCUUUGCAUAGUAUAUAUCUAGAUAUUUACAUUUUAUACAAUAUUAAAAAUAUAUUAAAAGUUUUAGUUGUAAUAGAUCAGUUAUUUUGUUCUUUAUUUCCUUACUAUUAUUUUUAUGAAUUAAAACUAAAACUUCUUUUACUUCUAAUACACAAAUAUGAAAAUGAAAAAGAAUAUUUAAAUUAUAAUGGAUUAGAAACAAUAAAUGAUAAAGAAAAAAUGCAUUCUUAUGAAAAUAAUGCAAAUCAAAAUAAAAUAAAUUAUAUUCAAAUUUAUAAAAAUCCUACUAAUAUUAAUGAUGAGGAAAAUAGUACUCUUUUAUAUGAAGAAUCGUGUAUUGAUAAUAAAAAUAUUGACAAUAGAAAUAAAAACAAAAAAAAGAAAAAAGAAAUAAAUGACGAAUUAAAUUGUUUAUAUAGCAGCGAUUCAAGCAAAAGUGAUAAUCCUACUUUUGAUGAAGAAACAAACAAAAAAGAUGAAGAUAUGGAAUCUGAUAAAAAUUUUUAUUUAGAUAAAUUCAUGAACUUAUAUAUUAAUUGUACAGAAAACAUAAAUAAAAGUUUACCUUCAAUUAGUGAAUUACAUGAAAAUAAUCCAUUAAAACAAUUAAACAAAAAAAUAAGAGAUAAAAGAAAAAAGUUAGAUAAUAAUUCUAUUUUAGAUUAUUUUAAAAUAUCUGAAAAAAAAAGUAUAUAUAUUGAUAAAGAAGACAAGGAAUCAAUGAAUAAUAAUAAUGAAAAUGAUAAUAAUAUAGGAGUAAAUCCAGUUAUGAAAAAAGAAAAUAAAAGAGUUAAAUUGUGUAAUCCUCCCCCUAUAGAGAAUAUAUAUAAAAAUACAUAUAAUGAUAUAGUGUACAAUUUAAAUGUAGUUGUAAAUGUUGCUAAAAAGUUGAUGUUUUCAUCUUAUUAUGAUGCGAUAUAUGUCAAACUCUUUUAUUGUUAUUUGUUACCUUUUAUUUCUUAUGAAAAAAAAAUUGAGAUAUUUUUAAUAUAUUCUUAUUCAAACUUUAAAAUUAUGAAACCAUUAACAUUCAUAAUUUUUUAUAAUAAUCACAAUUCUCUUUAUAUUUUAAAUACAUUUGAAACAAUUUUUAAAGAUGUUUAUCUUUUUCAAAAAUACAAGAACACAUACUUUAAUAACUUUUCUCUAAAAAAUAUACCUAAAAAUUAUUUUAUUUUUCUUUUUUUUAUAUCCAUUUUUUUUUAUAAUAACAAAAUAGAAUCUUUAUUAUAUAUGUACAACCUCUUUUACAAUUACGAUAAAGAAAUAAUUAGUAACAAAGAGAAAGACAUAAACUAUACGAAAAUAUAUGAAGAAGUUAUAUUAAAAAAUGAUGAAAAAUAUGUUGAACAAAAAAAGCAUAUAAACAUUAUUAUUAUUAAAUUUAUUGAAACAUAUAAAGAAAAAUUUAACAUUUACCUAUGUGAAUAUUUUGAUUUUUAUAGAAUAUUUUUUAUUUUAUUUGUUUCGUGUGUAGAUGUUGAAUAG